CGGCCCGGCGUCCCCUCACAUCGCUCCUCUGCUCGACGACUCGAUCCCUCCACUGUCCGAGCAGCCCAGCUCAGCCCGGCCCGGCCUGAGGCCAAUCCGGAUCGCCGGCGGCCGGCCACGCAGGCAUGAGCUUGACGGGGCGUGGCGAGGGGACACCGGCGCUGGAGCUGCUGGAUGAGUGCUGGUUCUUUAGCAACACGCUGGGGAGGAACGCCGGGAGGGAUGGCGGCGGGGGGCGGCCGCCGAUGCUGCCCAGGUCGCCGUCGUCGACGGUGAGUGGUGGGCGGCCGGGAAAGGGGCAGGGCGGUGGGAAGGAAGGCGCUGAGCAGCCGACGGGGACGUCGAGGUUCUACGCGUCCGGGUGCCGGAGGCUACUCCGGACGCCGUCGCUCCCGUCACCCCGCGUCGGGAUGGAGAUGUCCAAGGACGAGGAGGUUGUCGAGGCGGCGGGCGGCGGUGGUUGUCAGGAAGCGGAUGCGGAGGACGACGACCUGAACUGGAGCUCGAUAUACGAGGGCGUGCUCCGCACCAGGAUCGCUGAGGAGGGCGUCAGGUCGGCGCUGCGGCGGGCGCCGUCGAUGCCGAUCACGUCGUCCGCGACGGGGCGCGACGACGGUGGCCGCCGCGGGGAGGCGGCGGCGGCGGCCACCGGGUCCACGACGCCGGGCAUGUCCAGGCUCAGGCACGCGCACAGCACGAUGGAGAGGCACUGCCGCUCGCACACGCCGACCAAGGCUGAUCGGACACCGAGAACGUCGGGAGGCGGCGGGGACCGGAGGCAGCCACCGCGGCGAGAACUGCGGUCGUUCAGCUCGAACCAGCAGCCGCUCGUCCGGCACCAGAGCCUGCUCCAAGACAAGAGAUGGGAGAGCUCGAGCGACCUGGAGUCGAUCGAGGUGCAGGGGUUCAGGGACCUGGGCUUCGUGUUCGACCAGGAGGAGCUUCGCGAGAGGCUCGCCGACGUCCUCCCGGGCCUCCGCGGCAAGUCCAAGACACCCUCCGGCUCCGGCUCCGCCAGCGACGUCGACAACGACGACGCAAACACGACCGCCGCCGCCGCAACCGGCAGCGACAACGGCACCGUGCGGCGGCCGUACCUGUCGGAGGCGUGGUACCACGUGCGCCGGCCGGCGGCGACGGCGGCGGCGUUAAGGCUGCAGCAGUCGGACGCGAGGUCGGCGGCGGAGAUGAAGGACCAGAUACGGAUGUGGGCGCAGGCCGUCGCGUGCAACGUCCGACAAGAAUGUUAACCAUGGAUCGAUACAUCGCGUCGACCGGACACGAGCACACGAGCUACACGAAGACGAAGCAAACUCGAUGAUACUACUACCACUCCAGUAGUUGAGUUUUGUUACUUUCGCCUACAAAAAUUUCCAAGAGAAUGAUACACCAUCUAGGUAGCUGUUCACUGCUCUUUUUUUCUUCUUUUUUUCUCCUCUUUUGAAUCUUUGAUUGAUCAUCAAUCUAUGAAUAAUAUGGCGGCAACCGCUCUAUUCUUUUGUUAUAUACUCAACUGAAAGAACCUACAAUAAUGUUUAAGGGCUCCAUUUGGAACUCACGAAUUCUCGCAAAAAAAUUCCAGAGGGAACGUACAACACGUCCAGUAAGGAACUGUUGCAGAAUUCAGAGGUUUCCAAGUGCAGCCAAAUGGAACCACUGCUACCAUGUAUAAUCUCGACCAAAAAAAAUAAAUUAUAUCCAUGUUACUGCCGAUGUAGCAAAA